AUGGAAUCGCUUCAACAGCUCUUGGAGGAUGGCAUGUCCAUGUCCAGAGUUAGCAACUAUUCUGAUAAGGAAAAGUUGACGCUCUGCUAUAUAUUGGCCAACUCGAUGCUCUUCCUGUACCCGGGCUCCUGGUUACGGACUGCGUGGAACAGUACCAAAGUCUACUUCAUUCGACGGUCGGGUGUUUCCGCUUUGAAACCGGUCACCUUGGCAUUCCCCUAUCUUUCUGUCGAAAUGCACGAUGUGCAAGAUGCUACUAGCACAUCCAGACAUUACAUGCACAUGCAAGCUCACCCGCAUCCGAGCAUCCUGGCUCUGGGUAUCAUCUUCCUCGAAAUUGCCACAGGAUCUGUGUUCCCCAGAAGCUCUCAAACAACGGCGGACCUCAGCUGGGAACAGUGCAAUGAAGACUUCCUGGAAGCCUGGAAGCAGAUGGAGAAGCUGGAAAUGGAGCGAAAGUACAUACCCUCCGCUCUCCGCAAGGUCAUCAGGGCUUGCAUUGACCUGAAGCCGCCACCAAACAUUCCAUGCUCCAGUCUGGCGGAAGAGGGUCCAAUACGCCAGUACAUACUAUCAUGCAUCAUUCUUCCACUGGCAUUAGAGCUGGUGGAUGGUUACAAAAUUCGCUUAGAGGAGUUACACACGUCCUUGGAAAAAGAGCUGAACGGUCUCGGAAAGGUUGAGGAAGCAAACACCAACACUUCCAUCAAGCAAACGCCGGAAAGUUGGAGUCGCAGUCUGGCAACGGUGCCCGAGGUGGAAACAACAUCCCAGGUUCAGGUUACGAGGAGACAUGAGUUAUGUCUUAUGGCAGAUGGUGAUGAGAGACAUAUAAAAGUCAACGAAGAAGCGACCAGGAGAACAAAGGAGUGGUUCGAGUACCACGAAGACGUUCUUUCUCGAACCAAACAGUUGCGCAACGUCAAGAUGUCAAACGCAAGAAGAAUCAAGAUUGCCAUAUUGGACAGUGGCAUCGAGCUUAGUUCAAAACACCGAGAAUUGUACGACUUUGAGCCCAGGAUCAAAUACAAAAGCUGGGUCGACGGGCACACCGGAUGGAGAGACGACGUCGGGCAUGGAACCCAUCUAGCCGUCCUGCUACGGAAGGUUGCACCAAAUGCUGCUAUUCACAUGGCCAGAGUAUGCAAAAGCAGGCCCAAGGGCGACGAAUCUGCGCUAAUUAUUGCUGAGGCCCUUCGGUACGCUGUAAACGUGUGGGAAGUUGAUAUUAUUGUCAUGUCUUUUGGUUUCUCCGUCAAUUACGACGCGCUGUACCAAGAGAUUCAGGACGCGGCUCGGAGAGGCGUGCUGAUGUUUGCAGCUGCAUCCAACGAGGGAAAGAACCGGCCGGAUGGCAUUGCAUGGCCAGCUCGGGAAGAAAAUGUCAUAUGCGUCCAUUCGGCGGAUGGAUACGGCAAUCGUUCCACGUUCACACCGAGUCCGAUGGAUAACAUGCGGAUCAUGGUUCUUGGGGAGUGUAUAGAGUCGGCGUGGCCACACCACUUAGGGGCGCAGGAUGACCACGGACAAAUGAGCGGUACGUCAUGUGCGGCGCCCAUUGCUGCCGGGAUCGCUGCAGUGGUACUCGACUGCGCAAGAGGCUUCCUCAAUGGGGAGGAUUGGAAGAGCCUUUGCCGCGCACUCCAAAAAAGCGGUAUCCAUACCUCUAAUGAAUUGGAGUUGUACUUUAUGAUAGAUAACAAUAAUGAUGAGAACGACAAGGACAACGACAAGGACAACGACAAGGACAACGACAAGGACAACGACAAGGACAACGACAAGGACAACGACAAGGACAACGAGAAAAGCAACAAUAAUACUUAUUAA